AUAGUACAUACAAAAAGCACAUAUAUGGGUUACCUGUGUAUAAUUGACUGAGAAAAGACUGUGUCCUCAUCCGGGACAUUCUUCACAUUUGCUACCAUCAUGGCGGCGUUGAAAAGUUGCCGGUUUCUCCAGAAAUCGCCUCUUUUGAAUAAUGCCCGACAACUCAGCCUCUCAUCGACACGAUCUGCGGCAGAAUUCGUCAAGCCACCCAUUCAAAUUUUUGGCAUCGAAGGGCGCUAUGCACACGCCGUUUAUUCUGCUGCUGCGAAAUCAAAGCAGUUGGAGACAGUAGAGUCUGAGCUGAAAAAUCUCGAGUCAAUGAUGAAGAAGAGCGAGAGACUUUCUGAUUUUAUCGUGAACCCAACCAUGAACAAGACAAAGAAGCAAUCUGGCUUGACACAGCUUCUUAAAGAGCAGAAGUUCUCAGAUCUUACCAUCAAUCUGCUUAGUGCAAUGGCAGAAAACAAUAGGUUGGGUUACAUCAACAGUGUUGCUAAUGCAUUCAGCAAGAUUAUGAGUGCCGCUAGGGGCGAGAUAAUCUGCUCUGUCACCUCUGCUAAGCCAUUAGAUGCUAGUCACAUGAAGGAACUCCAAACAGCCCUCGAUUCUUUCCUGAAAAAAGGAGAGACACUCAAACUGGAGACAAAGGUGGACCCAUCGCUAAUUGGUGGCCUCGUGGUGGACCUGGGUGACAAACACAUCGACAUGUCCAUCUCCAAAAAGAUUAGGAACAUCACUAAUGCUAUGAAGCAGAGCCUGUGAUUUGUUUUAUUUGGACUGUUAAGGUUCAAUGUAAUGGGUGUGUUUAGCAAUAAAUGACUUUAUGUUAUUGCCCUCUUCUGAAGGGAAAAUAA